AAAAAAAACUACUUGGUUUAUGUUAGUAAUCAAAGCUGACCUCCAGCCUCCCCUCAGUCCUGCGCAGGUGUACCGGCUCCUCCCCUUCAGUCCUGCGCAGGUGUACCGGCUCCUCCCCUUCAGUCAUGCGCAGGUGUACCGUGCUCCUCCCCUUCAGUCUUGCACAGGUGUACCGUGCUCCUCCCCUUCAGUCCUGCACAGGUGUACCGUGCUCCUCCCCUUCAGUCCUGCACAGGUGUACCGUGCUCCUCCCCUUCAGUCCUGCACAGGUGUACCGUGCUCCUCCCCUUCAGUCUUGCACAGGUGUACC